UGAUAGAAACUUGUCUUACUCUCAGCUCGUGACUAGGAGGCAGACUUGAACACUUUUGAAUUAUAGUUCAACGUUGUAUCACUGGCUCUUGCAACUAUGAAGCGCUCUGCGAGCUCGACCAAAGGAGCAUCAAAAAGGCAGAAGGUUUCAAGUGCGACAAGUACUAGGAACCAGGACAAGGAGAAAGAAACAUUAGAAUGGCCUGAGUAUUUCCAAGAUUUGUUCAAGAUAUUCAAGGCAUUGAAUACAGUUCUUGCGUUUGUAUCUUCCCACAGACACAUUGCAACCACAUUUCCUAUGAUUCGUUCCUCCGCCGAAGGUCUUCUGAAAAGACCACUUGAACUGUCUAAAGUAGCCGAACUCAAAGCCCUUCUCCCGGAUGUCGUCGAGUUUGCUUAUAUUCCUCGCAGUGACCUCCGAAUACAUGGAGAGACGGUUUCUCAACAGAAUAAGCGCUCAAACAGUCCUAACUUCAUGCUACACCCACAAUCUCUUGCCAUUGACACACCAUUGGGCUAUCGACUCCCAGGUCAUGAAGAGGAAGAACAUGUCCUCGUCCUAGAAUUUGCAGAGAACUUUAGAACCCCCAAAUCAGGUAAUUUGGUUGAUAAACGAAACCAGCGAUUUAAAGAUGCCGUCGUCGAGCUUAUGAAGGCUACUCCAGAGGGAGAAGUGUCCACGGAUCUGCUUCAAGCAGCAGCAAGAGACCACAUCCCUGUAAACCCUUCUGCAAAGAAAGCCCUGCUUGCUAACGAGUCUCAAAAUCUGAUAAUUCCCGAACCCGAAGAUCGGCCCUCUAUUGACAAUAUACUACUUGAGAUCCAAAAACAACAAUGGUAUAAAAAUCAAAUUGUCGACCGGCGGACAUUCAAGGAGAAGGUAGCUAUCGAAGGAUUGCUGGCUGAGCCUCUUUCGCAUACGAUACAACAAGCGUUGCGAGAGUCGCGAAAUAUAACAUCACUGUAUUACCAUCAAGCGGCUGCCAUCAACGCUAUUGUGCAGAGGAAGCAUGUCAUUGUUUCGACCAGUACUGCGUCCGGAAAAAGUGUGAUAUAUCAGGUUCCUUUACUAAAGUUUCUAGAAGAAAAUUCUAAUGCUACAGCCAUACUCAUAUACCCCACCAAGGCUUUAGCUCAGGAUCAGCGUACUGCGCUGGAACAGUUACUGUGUGCCUGCCCCGGACUGCAGCACAUCAAGGUAGCAACGUAUGAUGGAGACACCCCACAAGAUCACCGGAGAACCAUUCGGGAGACGGCAUCCGUCAUCUUUACCAACUUUGACAUGCUGCACGCCUCUAUUUUACCUCACGAGGAGCUUUGGCGGACCUUCAUAAAGAACAUUAAACUGGUAGCGGUCGAUGAACUGCAUUACUAUUCCAAUUUGUUUGGGAGUCAUGUUGCUCAGAUCAUCCGCCGUUUCCGCAGGAUCUGUGCAGCUGUAGGGAACCAGCGAGUUGUCUUUGUGUCAUGCAGUGCUACCAUCUCGAAGCCAAGUCAGCAUAUGAAACGUCUGUUCGGGGUCGAAGACGUGGAAGAAAUUGUUGAGGAUGGAGCUCCAUCUGGAAAGAAAGACUACUUAGUUUGGGAUCCUUUCAAUGUUAAAGAUAUGGAUUCUGGGGUUGCAAAACUCGGACAAUCCGGCCCAACGUGGGAGGCCAUCAACCUCAUGAUAUUUUUGAUGAUACGUGGUGUUCGAGUCAUUUUAUUCUGCAAGAUUCGAAGAGCAUGCGAGCUGGCGAUGAAAGCUCUGCGCCAACGACUUAGCGCCGAGGGGCGCCUAGACGUUCUUGCGAAGGUCAUGCCUUACAGAGGAGGAUACUCUCAGGAGGAUCGGCGUCGCAUUGAAUAUGAAGCUUUUUCGGGACACUUACUUGGUAUUGUUGCAACUAAUGCUCUUGAGCUUGGUGUAGACAUCGGUGUUUUGGACGCUGUCAUCAUGCUUGGUUUUCCAUUUGGCAUUGCCAACUUUCGGCAGCAGGCUGGUCGUGCUGGGCGGAGAUCCCGCGAUUCACUGGCUGUAUUGGUAGCUGAAGACCUCCCUAUAGACAGAAACUACGUCAAAUUCCCGGACAAACUCUAUAAUCAGCCUAUGGAUGACCUGACCGUCGAUAUUGAGAGCAAAGUAGUCAUUGAGGCUCACUUGCAAUGUGCUGCUCAUGAAAUGCCUUUGUCCAAGGAUGAUGCCUUUUACUUCGGUGCCUCGCUAGGCGAAUUGUGCGAUUCAAAGCUACGAAAAGACAAAGACGGAUGGUAUCACCCGCACCCGAAGUUUCUCCCCUAUCCAGCCAAGCAUAUCUCAAUUCGUGGCGCGGAUGACGAUAAGUACACCGUCAUCGAUGUGACGAAAGUCGGGCUACCAAGAAUCAUAGAAGAGAUCGAGCUUUCAAGGGCUAUCUUCGAGCUAUAUGAGGGCGGAGUGUUCAUGCAUCAAGGAUUGACAUUUGUUGUUAAAGAAGUCAGUCAUGAUACAAAAGUAGCUAGACUUGUGAGGGCAGAUGUCAACUGGAUCACUAAGCCAAGAGACUACACGCAAGUACUUCCUCGUUACAUAAUUCACCACCUUGACUGGACCAACAGGAAUGUGGAUGCCAUGCAAACGCAUCGAAUCAAAGAGAUUGCGAGGUCGCCACAUAAAGCAUAUUUUGGAAGUGAGUGGAUCAUCUCAGGGACAAUAACAAUGUUCAUUGCCCGCACAGGGGUCGAUGUGACGACUGUUGUAUUUGGCUUCAGGAAAAUUAGGUGCGUGUGGACGUUGGCUGAUAUUCUGUCGAUCUCGAAGUCGCUAUUUAGGGGUAACAAGGUACUCGAUGUCGUCGACGUUGAUACGCCACCGUACGAAAGACAAGUCACCGGACUCUGGUUCGAUGUGCCCAAAGAUUUACUUGGAUUACUGAAGGAAAAACAUUUCAACCUUGCGGAAGCCAUCCAUUCUGCAUCGCAUGCAUGGAUGAAUCGUUUUGCUCUUUCUCCCGACUUGCGGACAGAAUGUAAGGCAGCAGAGAAAGAAUAUAAUAAAGAGGAGUCGCAACGGAAGCGUCCCGCUAGGCUGAUAUUGUAUGAUGCAUCUCGGAAAGGUAGCGUGUCUGCCCAGGCAUUUGAUCACAGCGGCGAAGUUUUGCAACAGGCACACGACAUGGUGGAAACCUGUUCAUGCAAGGAUGGUUGUGACAAAUGCAUUCAUAGCGCUACUUGUUCGGAAGGAAAUGUCGUUGCCUCAAAGAUGGGGGCGCUCUUGAUUUUGAAGGCAUUAUUGAACCUUGACAUCGAUGCCGACAGUGUUGCUACACAAUUCGGUUCGCAAGGAUCCGAGACUAUUGUUGAAGCGACGUAUAUUCGACCAUUGGACGGCGUUCAAGUGGAACCGGCUUAGAUUAAGUUCCAAUGCACCAGCAUAAUAUUGUAACGGCGCUAGCGCCAGCCCCCGACUCGCUUGUUCCUGGCAUGUUUUGUGUUCAUUGAAUUAAACAUAAAUUAGUCUUCUUUAAUUUUGGGUUCCGCUAGUACCAUGGGAUUCUACAUAUUAUGAUGUUCUCCAACUUCUAGAUGUCCAUCUUGACUAGUCUCACCAGGG